AUGAAGAGGCGAAGUGGCGUCACAGGGGAGAGCCAUGGCAGGAGCAGUGGCAAGAGGGUGACGCUGGUGGUGGUGGGAGGCAGUGGCGAGCUGCUACAAUCAGCACAGGGUGCUCUAGGCUCCUCCAAUUCCCCAUGUCCGACCAUAUUCAUGCUAGUUCUCGAUUCUCUUCUGGGCGGUGGCCUUCCCCUGGCUGCAGUGACUGAGAUCACUGGCGCUGCUGGUGCAGGCAAGACGCAGUUCUGUCUGCAAGCCGCGGCAGUUGCUGCAAUCGCCCCACUGCUCGCCCAUCCCAGUCCUUUCAAAUCCUCUCAAACAGAACACAGCUCAGCCCCUCAAGGCAGCGCGCCGCCCGGCACAGGGUCGGCAGUGCCGCCCAGUGUACAGUCAACACCAGUGCCGCCCAGCUGGGGGUCGUCGGUGGCGUUUGUGGACACGGCUGGGAGCUUCUCUGCUGCUCGCAUUGCCACUGUGAUUGGGCGAAUGAUGGGGUCCAGGGAGAGGUGCCAGGAAUCAAGGGCCAUUGUGACUCGUGCACUGAAGGCAGUGGUGCGGAUGAAGGCCUAUGACAUCCACUCGCUGCUGUCCCUCCUUGCAACCAUUGCACAGCACAAGAGAAAAGCCACUCAGUCAUCGGAUUUCUUCUCUGUCCUUCGUCUGCUCAUCAUCGAUUCUGCCUCUGCUGUUGUCUCCCCUGUGCUUGGGGGCCAUGGUCCACAAGGCCACGCUCUGAUGAUGAGUCUCAGUCGCAUGAUUCGUCUGCUGGCCAACGAGUUCGGGCUUGCUGUACUGAUCACCAACCACUCAGUAUCAAGUGAAGAUGGCACUUUUAAGCCGGCGUUGGGGGAGAGCUGGAAGGUGACACCGCAUCCAGCUACGGCCGGCCAAUGGGCGUCAACACCGUUCCAUUCGUGGUCGACCUCGUUACAGUCAGCACCGAGAAGAGAAUGUGGCGACGCAUCGUCGAAUCGUAGACGCCAGAGACGAUUCUCACGGCUGUCAGCCGCAGCGGCUUCGAGCGACGACGCCUCCUCAGCCGGUACCGGCAGUGAAGCCGGCGACGAAGCCGACGCGCUAACGGCGGAGUUCCUGCGCUUCGUCUCGGAGACCCAGCAGCAGUGGCCGCUGGCGGACCGGCACCCCACGGCGCUGCUUCCGCCCACCGCGGUGGUGCGCGCGCAGAUGGACGCGCUCAUGCGCAACGACUGGCCGGAAGCGGACAGUGGUAUCCAGACGGCGUUCAACUUCGCCAUGCCUCAUAAAGUGGACGAGAUCCUGCCUGGAUCGGCCCGGCCGCCAGUGAAGGAGGCACGAGCGUGGGACGCUAGCGAGCGGUACCUUUCAGUGGAGGGCUUUAAGAAGCUGCUGCGGGAACCCAUGUACGCUGCCCUGCUGCACUGCGAUUCGUGGGAGUUCGCGUCCCCCAUGGCUUUCCACGGCAAGGCCGACAGCAAGGCACUGCAGGCAGUGAAGGUCCGAGCUGCUCCCACUGCCGCCGUCACUCCCUCGUCAUCUUCCGCUGCUACUGCUGUUGAGGCUGCAAUGGAUGGUGGUGCUGCUGAUGGUGGCGCGGAGUUGCUUGGCCGGACAAGAGAAUACACCUACACGUUCUGCUUGCAAAAGGUGUGCGUUUGGGGCGACACAGGGUUGUGA